GGGUGGGUUACGCAUGCGCAUAUAUCUACUUUCCCUAUGCGGAAUUGAACAGAGAAAAGCUGAGGUUUCUAUAAUAUUUUGCCACACAGAUAGAAAAUAUGGCAAUGAAACGAAUCAAUAAGGAAUUACAAGAUUUGGGACGUGAUCCACCAGCACAGUGCUCUGCAGGACCAGUAGGGGAUGACUUAUUUCACUGGCAGGCAACUAUAUUGGGACCUUCCGAAAGUGCAUAUUCAGGAGGGGUUUUCUUCUUAAGUAUUCACUUUCCUACAGAUUAUCCAUUCAAACCACCAAAGGUUGCUUUUACAACAAAAAUAUAUCACCCCAACAUAAACAGUAAUGGUAGCAUCUGUUUAGAUAUACUUCGAUCACAGUGGUCACCAGCAUUAACAAUAUCAAAAGUGUUGCUGUCCAUUUGUUCACUUCUCACAGAUCCUAACCCAGAUGAUCCCCUAGUACCAGAAAUAGCACGGCUUUACAAGACUAACCGAACAAAGUACAAUGAUUUAGCAAGAGAGUGGACUAAAAAGUAUGCUAUGUAAGGAAAGACUUACAGCAACCCACCCUUCUACUCUUUCAGCGUUAAUGUCUGGCUUAAUCUUUGAAAAUCUUAAGCCAGAUAAAGUGGACUAUAUACAAAGAUGGAUAUAGACAGAGAAAAGGGAUAGAGAUCAUCAUUGCUUUGGAAUUUUUGACAAAGAACUAAAUUACAUUAAAAUGAUAGGAGAGGGGAGGAACAUUUGGAACAAAAGAAUUAGUUUCUUUAUUCAUUUUUAUGCAAUGGAAAAAUUAGGAUACAAUGCCAAAUAUGAACGUGUCAUAACAUUUCACUGUCUUUUGGUAUAAAUUACACUGAUAUGCCAAAAUGUAAUUAAAUUGUGUGAGCUAUGAAGGUUAUCUAUCCUCUAGUCUUGGAACAUGCAAUAACUGAAAACACAUGAUUGCAAAUGCUUUUUAAGUUUGAUACGCAAUUACAAACGCUAAGAAACAACACAAACGGGGAAAUGGUUUUGUCAUAAUUGCCGUUUACUGUCCAAAUGAUAAUUCGUUGUUUCAUUAACUUUUCAUUUGAAAGAUUUAUAAAGGUGCUGCCUUUGAUAAAGGGAAAAUGCAUGAAGGUAGCAAUAAACAUUAGACAGUGACAAAGAGGCGUGUAUAGAUUCUGCAAUGCCUUUUUUUGUGCUUGACACUGUAAAUCGGAGGCCAAAUGCUCUUCAUGUUUAUUUAAAGAGAAAAAAGUAUACUUCUUAACUUUACACACUUGUAUAUCUGUUACAGCAGGAUUUGCACCAUUUAUUUUUGUGUAAAAUUCCUGCGAUUGUUCAACAUCACUCAUACUGUAAAAAAAUAAAGAUUUUUCAUUA